CCAACAAUCUUAACAUAUUGCUUAUUCUAGUGGACAUGGUUAUCAAGAGAGUUAGCAGCUAGAUGUCCAAAGACUACCACAAAGAUGACAACAAGCCAAUCAAAUUUCAUGCCUGUGGUAAUCUCCCAGUUGUAUGCAUAUCAGAGGGUAGUGAAUCCAGUGAGCAAUUUGAGGACAAUAAUACUGACAUGAAAGAGGUUGUAACAUUAGAUGAACAAAACUGUGCUGCUAUCAAAAUUCAGGCCAGCUGGAGAAAUUACCUAGUUCAACGAAAUUUGAGGAGAGCACCAUCACCUGAAGAAGAAGGAUUCACAGAUGAGCAAUACCUCUCUGCUUUGAUCAUCCAAAACUUUUAUCGUGACUACAUCACGGAAAAGCGACUUAAAGUCAAACAAGAAAAAGCUGCUCAGGUGAUCCAACAUCAUUACCGACAGUACUUAAGAAAAAGUGAGGAAGAGUUUGAGGCUGAUUUGGAACGUGCUGCUCAAAUUGCCCAACAAAGUUAUAAUCAACUGCAGUCAGAAAAUGAGAGCAACACUGCAUUGAUUGGCGAUCCUAAGUCAAAGGAUUCUCCAGUGAUACCAAGCUCACACGAAGAAAAAAAUUCCAAUGAAGAUGUUAGACAAAAUGAAGCUGCAGUCACUAUUCAAAGAAAGUAUAAAAAGCGUUUAAGAAUACAAAAGAAGAAGCUCUCUUUAGAAAAGACGAAUAAAGCAGCCAUAUCUAUAAAAAAACAAUUUCGAAAAUAUUACACAGAAAAGAAUAAUGCUGCUAUCAAAAUUCAGACUCAAUACAGAUAUCAUUUAGAAAACAAGAAAGCUAUUGCUGCAGGUCUAGAAAUUGAUAACAAUGCUGCUAUCAAAAUUCAGACUCAAUACAGAUCUCAUUUAAAAAAUAAGAAAGCUGUUGUUGCAGAUCUAGAAAACAAGAAAGCUAUUGCUGCAUGUCUAGAAAUCAAGAACAAUGCUGCUACCAAAAUUCAGAGUAAAUACAGAUCUCAUUUAGAAAACAAAAAAGCUAUUUCUGCAGAUUUAGACACCAAGAAGAACAACAUGGAAUAUUCUUUUGAUCCUAUUUCUUUUGACGACAUUACAAAAUCAUCUGAUGAUGAAUAUUAUAUGCCUGAGAUAGCUGCAAUUACCAUACAAAAACACUAUAAGAGUCACUAUGCAAAACGAGUUUCUGCUGCUACCUUGAUCCAAAAUGAGUUUAGAUCUUACAAGAAGUUUAAGACAAGGAAUGAGGCUCAGGAUUUGAGUGAAGUAAAUGAAAAAUGUCUUUCCAGCCAGGAUACUGAAGAACAAAAAGCUGUAACACUCAUUCAGAGGCAAUAUAGAGCUCAUCUUAUACAUGUGCACUUGUCAGAGAAAAGGAGUAGGGACAACUUGCAUGACAGUCAAGAAUCUUAUAGUUUGGCCAAUAAUAUAGAGAAAGAUGAUGAACAUAUUGAUACUGCCAGUUCUCUUGAGCAAAGCAUAAGUCUGGUAUUGGGCGACGAAGAUAUAAAAUCUGUAACCAGAAGACCAGGUGAAGAGGAAGAUGAGAUCGUGGUUGAUGACAGAACAACAGUGUAUGGUGACUCCACUAUUCAAUUUGAGACGACAACUGGAAUGAACAAUCGUGGCUCAAUAUAUAAAAAAAUGGUUGAUGAUAUUCCGUCAACAGGUGAUGCAGAUGGGGCAUCAAUUGAUGACGAUAUUAUUAAUUGGCACAAGAGUUUAUCAACUAAGGUACCUAGCCAUGGAAUAAGGCCGUCCCCAAAAGCACCUGGUCCAGAACCUGCACCAUCAAGAGAGCCCGAGUUUAAUAUUGAACCUAGACGCAACUUUGACAAAAAAUGGCCUGAAUCAAAGAAAAAUCAGCAACAAAAAGUCAAAGAUUCACCACGAAAAAAACAAGUCCAAGCAUCACUAGAGAUGAAAAGGGUUCAGCGAAAAAAUGAAAAAAAUAAGCGAAAAGACAUUUAUCAUUUGAGUAAUUUACGAAAGCAAGCACCAAACCCAAAAUUCACCGAAGCUAUCGAUAAAAAACAAGAGAAUGGUCCAAAGAAAGUAAAAAAAUCAGAUACUCCACAGAUUAAACAGAACCACCAGUCUAACGACAUUACAUCAGAAUCGGAAAUACUGGAUCCCCGCGAGACAACUGAAGAGGAUUCUUCACCUAUUAACAUACUCUCAGUGGAGACCCGAGAAGAAACCCCGCCAUCGGCAUUAGAAGAAGAAGACACGGCUCUGAAGGCUGUUACAUCAGCGUUGAUAACUGACAAUCAGGGCGCAGUCCUUAAACCAUCUAACAACAUCAAUCUCCAAUACUCAAAAUCAACACACCCAAAUGAGAACAAGACGCACCACAGGGCGGAGCAAGUUCAGGACGCGCUUGGUGGGAGAGUUGCGCGGCGUCUCUCUGAUCAAGUUCAGGACGCGCUUGGUGGGAGAGUUGCGCGGCGUCUCUCUGAUCAGUCUUCUCUGGGUAGUGGUACCCAACAGAUCACUUCUAACAACACUUCCAGCAAUAAAGUAGCUUUAGGGUCGCUGGACAGUUACGCAGUACAGAACAUGCUCAAACGCAACCACCUUCUCACCAGACAGUUCGUGUUUCAGAAAAAUGACAAUCAGUCCUACCUACAAACUUACCUGAAACAGAUGAACGUGAUUAAGAGACCUUCCCGAGAGAUGAUCUCCAUAAAUCAAGAGACUACUACUAAUAAGCAGCGUCAGCUGUUUAAACAGGGUUAUUUUGGGGGUUCUGUGGUCAUAGGCGGUGAUCUAUGA